AGGCAAUAAACAGUCGAGCCCGGGCUCUUUUUUUUUCCUUUUCCCCUUCCCUGCAGAGGCUCCGCCCCGAAUCGUGCAGCUGCUGGCUUUUCAGGAAGCGGUAUUUAAAACGGCUGCAAGGGAACAUGUGAGAAGUGGCAACAGUGCUUUUCGCUGCAGCCGGCGGAGUGAGUGGAGUCUUGGAGCAGCCCGCCGCCACCGCUAGAAUGGGUGCUUGGUCACGUAGCGAGAGGCCAGCGGGAAAGGCUGGCCGAGCCUGAGGGGCGCCACCGGCCUCUGCAGAGAGCACGCAAGGCGCUCACGCCAAGCGGGCGCCUGCCUGAGUUGCGGCUGCUGGUGGCUGGCGCCGGACUUUGCGUUUCUCCAGCUUGCUCCGAGGACAAGGGACCCCCUUUUCGGACUCUGCUGCCUGGUAUUGUGUUAACUGCUGGUGUCGGCCGCAGAGCAGGAGGGAAGCGGAGCGGUCUCCUUGCUGCAGCAGCAGCAGCAGCAGCAGACGGGGUUGGCUCUUGCAAGGCUCUGGGAAUCUGGAAAGUGAUCUGAAGCAGGGUGGGGUGAAGGGAGCAUCUGAAGCAGAUGGAGACUGGACUGGAAACCCCAUGUGCAGUGCAGCAGGCUCACUGCCAGGAAAUGCAGCACUCUCCUCCUUCAGAGGUCUUUGCUUCGCCAGUGAGGAUUCCCGACAAGAUCCCGCCAAUCAAGUCUUGCUUUAAGAAGAAGCAGCAAAUGCAGAAGAGGCUGGACACGGAAGCGUUGAGGGCUUUGCGGCCAAUCUUCACCAGCUUGCUGGGCUCUGGGACGCUGGAUGGCAUCUUUGUACCCAGGGGACAGAGUAGCGGCCAUGGUAACUUGUGCGAACCUGUUGCAAAAAAACCUUUAGGCAUUGCUGUCCCAUGUCCACAACCGGACAACAGCGUAGCUGUCUUGGUGCCAGGAACUCCCGAGGUUCAGGGUAAAAUUUCAGCUGGGUCUCCCAUGCAGGAGGCCCAGCCUGGGGAACAGGCCUUCCCCGCUGCUACCUCUCCUGCUAAUGAGCCAUUCCAGGACCGCUCUUUACAUGCUGCCUCCACUGAUGCUGCUGCUUUCUUUUCAUGCGCUGACAAGAUACUUGAAGGUUACUCUCCCGGGGUGCUCCAGGACAGCAGCAACUGCCUGGCGCAGUGUAACUUGAACCCGGGCGAUAAGUUUGGAGCUGGCCUCUUCCAGAACAAAAGCGAGGAGGCAUCCCUCGACCUCGUGUUUGAACUCUUGAACCAGCUGCAGUACCACACGCACCAGAAGGACGGGAUUGACAUCUGUGUGGAUUUUCUGCAGGGCGUGUGCGUGUACGGCAGCGAUUGCCCCAGACAUCACACGGUCCUGCCGUAUCACUGGCAGGUCAGGAGGACUGCUACUCAGGCGUGGCAGAGUGUGACCAACGACUCACAGGAGCAUCUGGAAAGACUUUACUGCAGCCCAGACAAUGACAAGGUCAAACUGAGAUAUCAAGGUCAUGAGUUUCUAGUUGACCUGAAUGCAUUGACUCUCUAUGAUACAACUGAAUUUGAUCAACUGAGGAGGCUGUCCACACCUUUGUGUACAAGUGCUAGUGCCAACUCCAACUACUACACAAUCUGGAAAUACUUCUGCAGGGAUCAUUUUGGCUGGAGAGAAUAUUCGGAGCCUGUUGUAAGAUUGAUAGAAGAAGCCAACUGCCGAGGUCUGGCUGAAGUUAGAUUUAUUACAUGGCACAAUCGCUACGUCUUGAACAUUAAAGAUGGCUUCCAGCAAAAUGCAUGUUUUCGAAGAGAAAUCAAGAGGAGACCUCUCUUCCGCUCCUGUGUUAUCCUUAUGUCAUGCUUACAGACACUUGGGGGUAGCCUUUCAGUACCUUUGGUACCAACGGAAUCCAUCUCCUCACAAGUCUUAUCGCCAACUGCUGUUACCUCUGCAAAUUUCUAUCCUGAAACUUGGAUUGGCAUGGAUCCAGCUCAAGACUUCAUUCAAGUGCCUGUUUUAAAGGAAGAUAAAAGUUACAAAACCAUUUAUAAUCUCUUUCAUAAGACUGUGCCAGAGACCAAAUACAGAAUUCUGAAAAUCCUACGAGUUCAAAACCAAUUUUUGUGGGAGAAAUACAAAAGAAAAAAGGAAUACAUGUCUAAAAAAAUGACAGGACUUGACAGGAUAAUGAAUGAACGCCACUUGUUCCACGGGACUUCGCAGGAUGUUGUGGACGGGAUCUGCAAGCACAACUUUGACCCUCGAGUGUGUGGAAAGCACGCCACCAUGUUUGGGCAAGGCAGUUACUUUGCCCGGAAAGCAAGCUAUUCGCACAACUUCUCCAAGCGAUCAUCCAAAGGGAUCCAUUACAUGUUUCUGGCCAAAGUACUGACGGGAAGAUACACAGUAGGGAACCACUCCAUGAGGAGGCCUCCACCCGUGAACCCCAGCAGCAUCACCAGCGACCUCUAUGACUCCUGCGUGGACAACUACUUCGAGCCCCAGAUCUUUGUCAUUUUCAAUGAUGAUCAGAGCUACCCUUAUUUUGUUAUCCAGUAUGAAGAAGUUAGUAACACUGUUGUGAUCUGAAAAAUGUCUCAUGUUCCUGUUGUAAUACACUUUGACCUGACCUUUGUAGAACGGACCUCAUUACGAGGGGAGGAAAAAAGUGGAACUUUUAAUAAAGAUACUGGGGGCUGGGAGGGAAACACAAAUUUAACUUCUGAAAAGACCAAUUGUGCACUUCCUAUUUUAAUGUGCAAACUGUAAAUAUUUUCCAUUGUUUAUAGCUGAGAAAAACCUGUGCCUUUUGUUAUAAACACUAUUUAUGUUAGUAAAUGUGAUGUUCAAAAAAAAAUCUGAGGUGUC